AUGGCUAUUCCGGAUGACCGAGAUGCCAUGGUGAUUGCUCCUCAACCAGAGUCUAUCGCCUCCUACAAGCCUUUUGGGGAUGAUGUCAAUCGUACAGUGGAAAAGAUAUUGUUGGAAGAAGCGAGCCUUGAUGAGCGACGGGAAGGAGACUGGCAUCUCCACUCUGGCGAUACCACCGGUGUUUCAACCGGUCAUAAUUCCCGCAGUGGAAGCGAGUGGAAAUCACCAAUCUCCCCUGGCCCAAGACAGUCCGUACCGGUCAAGAAGAAACGGUCUGUUGCCACAAGAAAUAUUACGGUUGUCGACCUGGUCAGAGAUGAUGAAUCUGCGAUAACUGACACGAUGAAUGAUGGGUACAACAAGGACCACAGUGCCAAUGAGGGGGCGAUAGAAGACGAGAUCCACGCAGAAGAAGCCCCUCUUACGGAUGAUUUCUGCCGUGGACACGCUCAGCGUACCAUCGAAGGCCAAAGCGAACUCAUCACAGAAGAUCUGAUUUUCUCAACUGUGCCAACUGCAGAAAGAUACCGAGUUUUACGGUUUAUUGCAACGCAUCCCUUCAUGUUAAACCCGGUUCAGACUUUUCCCCGGUCUGCCAGGCGGUUGUUCUAUAAAGAGCUACGCCGAGAAGCCAGGUCCGUUGGGAUGCGGAAUUCUGCCGUUGAUAAGCUAAUCCAGCAUGUUUGGCGCAUAUAUCUGGACGGCAUUGAGAGUGUUUAUCAGCUAUCGGCGGAUGUGCUGGAUGCUGAGGACUGUCCAUUUGGAGAGGAAUUCGCCGGAAAGAUUGAUAAUCACGUUGGUCAGCCGAAUAAGCGUAAGAGAUCCCAUCAUCAUUCGUCUUGCUCGACCUUCAAGAAGAGGAGAGCCAAGCGCCAUCCCGAUGACUUUCCUCUCGCCAUAGAAACAACAAAUUUGGUGAGUGAUGUUCGAGACCAAUUGUCGGAUUUCGUGUUUUGUGGAAAGGCCCUCGACUCCCCAUCAAAUGGUGAUGGCCAUCAGCAAAGCGGCAUCCUCCAAAUGCCCAGCACGCCAGAAACACAUUGUGGGCCUUCUAUUGUCAGUCCCUCUGUUGAGUCCAGUUUGGAAAAUGAGAAUCAUGCGAAGUCAACUCCGAUUCUUCACGAGACCAUUUCCCUGAGCCGCCGCAGAACCAAGAACCCAGAGGAAAUCCCAAGUAUUCAUGUUGGCAAAUCUCGCGCUCAAAUUAACUCGGAAGAAAUCCCAAUAAAUUCGCCAAAUCACCAAGGGCCACAGGAUCCCCUCAAUGAUCUCACACAAGAGAAAGCCUUGUUCGAAAACCCACUACUGCCAAUCGAUCUGUCUCCUGUUGGACUGACGAGGAAGCAGAAGAACAGGCGAAAGCAACGAAAGCUACACCACCACAACCACAAGAAGAGCUCGCGAUCCCGACAUACGAGACACCAUGUGCAGAUGUCUUUAGAUCAUCCAAUGGAACUUCCAUCUAGAGAUAUGACUCCCACCCCCUCCACAGUGUGGCCGAUGGGCGAUGAGGGUUCUGAACCACUCUCCUUACCCAAACACAAAUCCCAUGGGAAAAAAGGGAGGAGUAAGGGCACGGAACGCCGAGAAGACAAAAGUUCGCCGAAGCAGAAAGAGGACGAUGCCGGCCAGGAUAUUCUGGCCAACGCUACGUGGGAAGCUCAACCACCCGAGUACAAGGAUCAACAGAUCAGUGAUCUCCCGGUCAAAUCAGCGAUGGGACACAACCUGAGUCGUGAACGGAAAAAGCACAAGUCAAACCAAUCCUCAUCUCAACGCUCCGGUCGGCCGAUGAAUGACUUUGAGAAACACAGGGUCCCGCAUGACCAGUCCGGGGACCAGGGUUCUCAAUCCUACUCAUCCAAGUACCAUCCGACUCAAGUACCCCCGGGGCUCGAGACUCCUCGUGAAAAUACACCGGCUAGCACUCUGUCCUGCUUUACUACUCCGAUGUCGCGAACUUCGACCAAGUCGCGGUAUGGACCCCUGUCACCUGAUCCGGCGGAGUGGGAAAUGGAUUUUUGA